AUGCGUUCCUCGACCUACAUCGCGCUAUUUGCUGGCUCAGCUGCAGCACAGUCUUCAGUCUCUUUGUUUAAUCUAUAUCCAUACCAAACGACACUUACGCAGAUUGGUUCCGACGCGACUGCCACAACUUACCAGAACGUUUGUCCCUCAGACAAAGCUGGAAUAUCCGUCCUCCCUUCCUCGCUGCGUCCCACCCCUGAUAGCCCUGGCGUUACCAUCACGCCCGCACCCACACCACGAGUCCGUUAUGCUCGUCAGGCCACCCCAACUGCCUCUGCCGGUGACGAUGACGACGGCUUCGAACUGUGCGAGCCCUAUACACUGAAGCAAGGCGGAUCGACAUGGGAGAUUCACAUGACAGAUCCAUCGCCGGGCGCAUGGACUAUGGAUGUAAACUGCAAAUGGCAAGGCGCGAUAGCGGAUGCAGAUUUGACCUGCGUAGCUACCGCGGACGGAUACGUCGUAGACCAAUCAGAUCGGGGCACUACCACGACUGUGAUAUCCAAAGACGAGGUGUCCACUAUGAGUUUUAUCUCGGCUUAUGCGGUUGUCACUUCAUCGGGAUCAGCUUCGCAGACACCAUCUGGUUCAGGUGCUAAAUCCGGAGCACCGACCGCAAGUGGCUCGACUUCGGGUUCUAGCGCUGCUGGAGCCGCGCCCAGUACUGGACUUGCGCCUGCGGGACCUAUGCCUACAGGUGCUGUGGCUUUCAUCGGUGGUGCUGCGGGUGUCUUUGCUGCUGCACUUGCCUUGUAG